GGAAGCGCCCGCGCGGGUGUAGGGGUCGCUGGGGCGAGCGCUCGCGGACCAUGGCGACUCGGGCGAAGCGCCGGCGGGUGGCGGGGCCUGCAGGCGGCGACGACCCGGCCCCGGUGGCCGGCUUCCAUUGGUGCCGGCGGGUGGGCCUGGAGCUGAGCCCCAAGGUGGCGGUGAGCCGGCAAGGCACGGUGGCCGGCUACGGCAUGGUGGCCCGGGAGAGCGUGCCCGGGGAGCUGCUGUUCGUGGUGCCGCGGGCCGCAGUUCUGUCACAGCACACCUGCUCCAUCAGCGGCCUGCUGGAGCGAGAGCGAGGCGCGCUGCAGAGCCAGUCGGGCUGGGUGCCGCUGCUGCUGGCGUUGCUCCAUGAGCUGCAGGCCCCGGCCUCGCCCUGGAGUCCCUACUUUGCGCUCUGGCCCGAGCUGGGCCGCUUGGAGCACCCCAUGUUCUGGCCAGAGGAGGAGCGUCGGCGAUUGCUGCAGGGCACAGGCGUACCUGAGGCCGUGGAGAAGGACUUGGCCAACAUCCGCAGCGAGUAUUAUUCCAUCGUGCUGCCCUUCAUGGAAGCCCACCCUGAUCUUUUCAGCCCCAGGGUUCGCUCUCUGGAACUCUACCACCAGCUUGUGGCUCUUGUGAUGGCCUACAGCUUUCAGGAACCACUGGAGGAAGAAGAUGAAAAGGAACCAAACUCCCCUUUGAUGGUGCCUGCUGCAGACAUACUAAACCACUUAGCCAAUCACAAUGCCAAUCUAGAGUAUUCUCCAAAUUGUCUCCGGAUGGUGGCCACUCAGUCCAUUCCUAAAGGCCAUGAGAUUUUCAACACUUAUGGGCAAAUGGCUAAUUGGCAACUGAUCCACAUGUACGGUUUUGUUGAACCAUAUCCUGACAACAAGGAUGACACAGCUGAUAUUCAGAUGGUGACAGUUCGUGAAGCAGCAUUACAAGGAACCAAAAUUGAAGCUGAACGGCUCCUACUGUAUGAACGCUGGGAUUUCUUAUGCAAACUGGAGAUGGUAGGGGAAGAGGGAGCCUUUGUGAUUGGGCGGGAGGAAGUGCUGACCGAAGAGGAACUGACUACCACACUCAAGGUACUGUGUAUGCCUGCUGAGGAGUUCAGAGAGUUUAAAGACCAGGAUGGAUGGGGAGAUGAUAAAAGGGAAGAAGACAGUCUGACAAUCACAAACAUUCCCAAACUCAGAGCAUCAUGGAGACAGCUUCUUCGGAACAGUGUUUUGUUAACCCUGCAAUCCUAUGCCACAGACUUGAAAAGUGAGCAAGACUUAAUCAGUAAUAAAGAGGUCUACGCCAAACUAAGCUGGAGGGAACAGCAAGCCUUACAGGUUCGUUAUGGUCAGAAGAUGAUCUUACACCAGUUGUUGGAACUGACAAGUUAGCAGCUUUGCUGUUGCCUGAAGAAGCAUCCAGAAGAACUUUAUAAUCUAAGCUGAUACUCAGUGAUGCGAAGAAAAAUUAGGGCCUUUUGCUUUGCUUUUUGUAUUAAAUGCCAAAAGGAAAAGUAGCAAAGUUGUUGUCUGGGAAGAACUCCAAGGUAAGAGUGAUGUGCUUAAGGGUCGGGAGCAGUAGACGUAGGAAUCACUGUCUGUUGUUACUAAGACUACUAAUAAGUUUUAUAGCUGUUUUAUUCUCAGUUUGAACAGUGA